AUGGGGAAGAUAACGAAGCAGAUGCAGCCCAAGCAUGCUGAGACUCUGUCUCUAUGGCUCAAGGACUUCGUCACGUCAGCAUGCUCGACACCCUUGCCUCUCCUUCCAGACCACCUAUCCAAAUUCCCGACACGAUGGCCUUUCCCCAGAGGUGAUUUGUACCACUGGAUCCCUCUCCUCAACCGAUUCGACACCAUCUUGGACUGUUUUUGCACCAUCUAUAAUUUGGAACAGGGCCCUCAGAACCGCGAUUUCGGACGUGAUUUGCUCCUCAAUCAAGGCCCCAAGACCGAUUCAUACGGUGAUCAGACGUGGGACAAUGACGGCCUUGCCAAGUUGGGCUACGAUGCAGAUGGAGACAAGCAGCUCAUUGAGGCUGUCCUCAAAUUCACCCGCACUCUCCUGGAGCACUGCGGCAACCGAAGCAUCUAUUCUAGUAGCAUGGUCCUGAACAAGCUGCUCAACACUACAGUUCUGUCGGUUCUUCUGGCUACUCUGCAGGUCAGCGCCGAGUUGGCACAGCGUUAUCAAGCUUCAGUGAAAAGAAUAGGAAGUGCCUCCCGCACAGUGAGCACUGCACUUCUGGGUAAUCACUACCAGAUCGACCUUGAUCGCGUGAACAGCCUCGCUCUUCCCUUCGCCAAGACUCCUAUUGUCAGUCUUUCAGAAUCAGUGGCUACUGCCACGCCCACGUCCAGCGUCAAGGGCAAGGAGAAGGGCCUGGCGUCAAGCCACAAGAACGCCGCAAUCAUGUUUGCCAAUGAUUUGGGUGCUGUUCUUACACCAGAUAAAGGGCGUUGGAACGGCUGGGGAGACAUCAAGAUCACUUACACCGUGGUCUCUGCUGCAAAGGAUCACCCCGUCUCGAUGGCUUCUGAUCGCGUUGGUUCGAACAUGCCUUCUACACCAACCCCUCUAAGACGGAGUACGACAGCCGGCUCUCAGCACAACACUCCAAGAUCUGCUCGUCAGGCUGGCGUUGACGAGACGUCGCCUUUGAGUACACGAAGCCCUCUCGUCUCCAAUGACCAGGCCAACCCAAGUCAGAGAAUCUUUGAUUUGCCGCAAUCAGUCGUUGCCUCCACAUCCAUCUACGAGCUUCUUGCACGAUGUCCUGCGGAUAUGCCGGCCUCAGCCAAGUAUGAGGUUCUAAACCGUCUGAGAGUAGCCAAGGCCCUCCUAGACGGUGCGGAAUCCAGGCAGCAAGCACUUGCCGUCCGUCUCCUCGCCAUCACGAAUCUGGCGUAUAUCCAUCCAGAGACGACUUUCGUCGACAAAGUUCUGCGUCACGACAACGAUGAAACCCGACGCUACCAAUUGGCUUAUCAACUGGCGGAACUCAUUCACCCACCUGCUGAUGGUUCCAUUCAAGUGCCACUUUGGCUGCAGUCCAUCGUCCUCGCCCUCCUCGAGGUCAUCUCAAACUACGCCGCAAGAUACCAAGAUGUUUUGUCUGCCCUGAAUGCGAAUGUCAACCACGGAAUUCUCCUUUACGUGAUCCGGAAGGCUGUAGCAGGGAUGAAGACCAGUGAACCCGACCGCGGAAUCCAUACCACAGAAGUCGAUCAGUGGCGUACCCGCCUUUUCUCUUUGACGACUCAUCUGGCCAUGUCCACCCGGAUUGGGGCCGAGAUGGUGACGGCCGGACUGAUGGAUAUAUUGGUGGAGAUUCUCAAGAUUAGGUCCGAUGUUGCUCAACGCAAUCAAUCCAUGAUUCUGGCCUUCCUCGACGGACUGAUUUGGACUUAUCAGAAUGCGUUUCAGUCAUUCUUCAGCGGAUCCGGCCUUGACGCUAUCUCCGACCUCCUUGUCACGACAGUGGUCGACUCGAAGCAGCUGGUGGAAACUGGACAGGGAAACAGACCUGAACACUAUUGUCAGGUUGUCGAUUACCAGAUUCCCUACAAUCAACAGCAGACCCUGAAAUGGGUCCUCAAGUUCGUCCAUCACAUGAUGACAAACUCUUACACCUAUGGCGGCAAUACUGAUCGGCUUCUCCGCAAUCUCGUUGACAAAUCCGAGCUGUUGGGCAGCCUGAGAGAGAUCAUGCAGAAUACGAAACGCUAUGGGUCCGUCUUGUGGACGAAUACAGUCACGGUGCUUAGUGACUUUAUCAACAACGACCCCACGAGUUUCGCCGCCAUUUCAGAGUCUGGCAUCAUCGUCACUUACUUAGAAGCCAUUACUGGCCAUCCAGUCACCUCUCAGCCUACGAUUCCGCCUCCACAGUAUGCCGAGGAACAAACGACACACACGGUUGACCGCGGUCAGAAUAACGGCGAGAACAGCAGGGAUGGGGAUAACAGAGACCGUGACGACGAUGACGAAAGCAGCCCUGAUCCCUCGGAUGCUUCCAUUCAAAUUGAGGCUGAUACUCGACCUCACCCACCCCCCGAGGAAGAGAUAGGUUCAUCGCAUGAUCGUCGCCCGUUGGCUCAGGGCAUCCUGGCAACGUCCGACGCCAUCAACGUCGUCCCACAAGUGCUCAAUUCGAUCUGCCUGAAUAAUGCUGGAAUGAAGAUGGUGGCCUCUUCUCGCGCGCUUGAGUCGUUUCUCGAAAUUUUCGAGAGCCCAGCCCAUGUCAACACCAUGGAAACCGAUCCCCACCUCGCUAGCAAUGUCGGUGCUAGCUUUGAUGAACUCGCCCGCCAUCAUCCCAACCUGAGGCGUCCAAUCUCAAAUGCUGUCAUCGAUAUGGUUGCUCGGGUGAGGUCCUUCGGUAUAUACAAGGCCAAGACCGCUGGGUGGGGAGCGAAACUGCUCCUCAGCGACGGUUCACAAAACCCUCCUUCAGCUGAUGAGAGGUACAAGGAUCAAGUGUUGCACCCCUCCGCUAAUUCCGCUACGGAAGUCAAAGCAAAGGAGAGAAGCGACAACGCCGACGUCGAGAUGUCAGAUGCCACCGAGGCUUCGGCGCAGAAAGGAGCGCCGGGUAUUGAGGAGUCGUCUUCGUCUGCAACAGCUUACGAUGAGAUUACGCCUUACGUUUAUGCCUUGUCAAGCUUCCUCUCUGCUUAUUUCAACAACAAUACGCUGAAAGCUUACUUUAUUAACCAUGGAGGGAUUGAGCUAUUGCUGGACGUUGCAGAACUGCCUAGUCUGCCGCACGACUUUUGCGACUCGCAUGCAUCCCGGACUCUGCACCUGGUCAUAUCUCAGCUUGUCGAGCAGUCUCCGGUUCUCGGUUUACCCUCCCUACUCAAGCGUGCACAAGCUUCUGUGGAUGCACUCAAGCCGUUGGCCGAGUACAAAGCGGAUGCGCCCUACUUUGCCCCUUUUCUUGCUCCCGACGGCAGGAUGACCCUUGACGAAGUCCGCAGUCUUACCGCUUCGGCGCAAGAACGCAUUUUCAAUGGCAACAAGAUGGUCAAGGCACUGCUUACUGCUCAGUCGCUGAUCAAGACAUUGUAUGAAUGUUUCACGUCUUCGCCGCGCUCCAACUCAGUUCAGCUGUAUCCGAUCAAUGUCUUCGAUUACUAUAUCAACCUGGUCAAGUCGCUGGGGCCGCUCCUGAAGGCUGUGCUGGCAGAAGAGGGCGCUGAGCACAAUGUUCUGCCUCAACACUGGUGGGCUAAGCGGCCAGCUCCUGGAAGUGACGUUAUGGUCUCUUUCGGUGGUGCUGCUGGAAAUCAAACUAUUGGCGAGAGCGAGAAUGAGAUAGUGCCAGCACUGGCUGAGCCUUCAGACGCUGCGUCCGGCGCUGUUCCGGCUGCGGCCUCUGGCACUCAUCACAAGGCACCGACUAAACAAGAACAAGCGACAUCUCGGUACCGCAACUACGAGACCCUUCGCAUUCUCCUCCACUCCAUGGUUCCCUCCACUUUCCCCUUCUUCCAGCAGCUUGGCAAAGCGUUAUUCCCAAGACGUGAACGCGACGCAUACUCCCGUCCGAAGCACGUUGACAUUGCUAAGGAGUUGUCAGGCACGAUUCUGGCGCAGUUGGCUCCUUCAGUCGAUCUCGCUGAACCGACAGCUAAGGAGUACCACUACUGGAUCAUCAUGCUUCACACAUUAACGGAGAUGCUGAUGGACAAUACUCGAGCAUCCGGAGAGCGUCCAUCUGUUCAGGUUGUUGUACCUGUGCUUGCCGCCUUCAUGGAGCAGGGUGGUUUCAAAGUCCUCACCACCAUGGUGCAGCGGUUCUCGGCGGAGAUCUGCAAGGAUACCGGAGAUUCAGAUGCUGGCGCUACUGCUAGUGCCAGAGUUGCAUCUUUUGGUCUCGGGAAAAUCUUUGAGUUUUUUGCUGCUCUCGUCAACGGUAAGAAUAUCUCUGACUCGACGGCGCAAUUUGGCCUUCUGCCUCGUUCAACCGAGAGACGCCCGGACACCCCGAUAUCUCACCAGAUUGUGGUGGAAGUGCGAAUGGCUGUUUUGCCGGUGAUUCGUGAAACUUGGGAGUCUACGUUGAUCGAGAAGUUGCGACCCGAGGCAGUGGCCAAGGUGAUUGAAAUCCUCAAGAUCAUAUCUGCGGGUGACCAAGAACCAUCUCGAAACACACCAGCUGUCGAACUGUUUAAGAAAUCGAAAGUCUUAUUCAACUGGCAGUCUCAGAACCCUUUGCUCGGUCAACUUGAAGAAGACGGGGCGGACGUGGAGCUGGCUCGCGAGGCUGUCUUCAGAGCCAACGGGAACCAACCGUCGGCAACCGAGUACAGCCGUCUUCACAAGGCUGGCAAAGCAGGCCAACGCAAUCCGGUACCCUCCGAAGAUGCUUACAAUCCUGAUAGACCUGAGCCAAUCAACGCUCCCAGUCAGCCAGAGAGUACGGUACCGGUACCUGCGGCACCCGUUGAUGCCGAUGCUAUGGCAGUCGACGUGGUACCGGAAUUCGCUUCCCCAGAGCUAGACCGUCUACUUGGUGAUGCUGUACUUGGCGACUUGGGAGACAGGGCGUCUGUUGCGUGGAAUGGCAACAGUGACGUACGUCCUACCGUAGCUGACGAAGUUCAAGUGAGGACCAAUACCACUACACCAGCAGCUGUCACCGAAGAACAGGCCCGUGCUAGCGCCGAAACUCAGGCGACAAGCAAGGAAAUCCUAGAUGAGGAACGAUCAAAACUGCGAGACAACCUCAUCGAUAGGUCUCUCGACGUCGUGAGGGCCCAUCCUCACUCGGCCAUCGAGCUGUCGGAGCUUAUCAGCGCCAUGGUAUUCCGUCAGCCAAAUGACGAGGCUCGGGAGGAGGUCGGUGCAACUCUGGCAAAUGCAUUGACCUCCCUUUCAUUCGAUGACAGCGAUUCCAAGCCGAAUGGAACCAGCAUUGCUGCUUAUGCUCACCUUCUUGCCCUCCUCAUGCAAGAGAAGAGUUUCUUCAAAUGCAAUAUCGACAUUCUGAGAGAGAAGGUGGAUGAGUACAUAUCUUUCCUCAAGUUGAAGGGGUCGUCAACUUCAAAUGAAGAGCUUCCUCCGUGGAUUCCGUACAUUCUGUUGAUCGUCGAGCUUUUGCUAUCAUACGAUGAGCAGCCCUUGGAAGCGCAAUGGAAACCUCCAACCAACGACAACGAAACUGCCGUUCCAGCUGUGCUUCCUCAACGCAACCGAAUUGUGUCUGAUGAAGAGCGGGACAAGCUUCUGGAUGCAAUCCUAAAUCUACUUCCUGUUCUUGGGAAAGAGGAGACACUCGCAACCUCGGUCCUUCGUGUUAUCGUCAUCUUGACACGCAAACCUGCCAUCGCGCAAAAGGUUGGAGAGAGGAAGAACCUUGGAAAGCUGUUUGCCAUGGUCAGACAGCUUGCUGGCGUCGGUGCAGCACGAUUGAAAGAAAGCAAGACUACAGGCAGCAUCAUGUCUAUUUUGAGACAUAUUGUUGAAGACGAGGAGACACUGAAGCAGAUCAUGCGAGCUGAGGUUCGUAGCCUGUUUGACAAUCCCCAACGAACUCAGAGAAACCUGGAUCUCAGCACAUACUUGCGUAACAUGGCACCUCUGGCUCUUCGCUCCCCGGACCUGUUCGUCGAGAUUACCAAUGAGAUGACCAAGCUGUCUCGUUGGACUCCUGGAAGCGAGGGUAGUAGUCGUGCUCAACAGUUAGCACUCAAGGAGCCCGAGUCCGAGUCUCAGACUAAAGCUUCUGACGAGGAGGCGAGCGUCGAGCCGGCUGUGCAGGCUACUGAGGACUUGUCGAUUCACGAUGUCAAGCGAUCAACAGAAACAGACGAUAAGGAGAUGGCAGACGCGCCUAAGCCGGUGAUCGAGUUAAAACGGCCGGUAGUCGAGAAUCCGCAUGGCAUCAUUCACUUCCUCUUGUGCGAACUGCUCAACUACAGAGAAGUCGAUGACAAUGAGCCUUUGCAAGUCACGAAGGACACUAAGAGCACCGUGCCAUCAGGAAGCACUCCCACAGAGAGCGCUUCCAAAGAGGCAACUCCAGACAAUCAGGAUGCAACCGACAGUAAGGACAAGGACAAGGAUAAGAAGUCCACGAAGCCAGUCUUCAGGGCCGAGGAGCAUCCACAUUUCAUCUACCGAUGCUUCUUGCUCAAUUGCCUUGCAGAGCUCCUCCAGAGUUACAACCAGACCAAGGUGGAGUUCAUCAACUUCAAGCGAGGCGCUUCUAUGCAAACGAACACACCUGUCAAGCGUCGACCGAAUGUACUCAACUAUCUCAUCCACGAUCUUCUGUGCCAAGGCAACCUUAGCGACAACGGAGACAGCAUUUUGUCGAAGAAGAAAGCUGCGACUUCCGCCCAAGCUCAACAGGUUCUCGUUGCGCUCGUAGCCAAGACAGGUGAGAGGGUCAUCGACAAGAGCCGAGACCGUUUCGAAUAUGACGAUGAGCCCGAUCUGCUCUUUGUUCGUAAAUUUGUCUUGGAUACUAUUCUGAAAGCCUAUGAGCGUGCUGUCACACCCGAAGAACCUGUUGACACUCGCUAUCUGAAGAUGCAGUGUCUCGCUGAGUUGAUGAACCACGUCAUCGGCGAGAAGGACAAAGAAACAACAUCUCAACGCGCACUCGACUCUCCACAAGGACGAUCGCAAGCACAAUUGCGUAGGAUGAUGUACGAGAAAGGCUACCUUGACAAGUUGACUUCCUCUAUCGCCGAGGUUGACCUGAGCCAUGCCGGUGUCAAGAGGGCCAUUAAGUAUGUUCUCAGAGUUCUGCGCGUUCUGACAGAUACCGCCAAGGAAUUGAGCCGCUCUCAUGUCCUUCCUUCGACAUCUCUUCCCGAGAAUGCCGAGGACGACAUCAUCUCAACAUCGUCAAUGUCUGACAUGGAUGACGACCGCGAAGAAACGCCGGAUCUCUAUCGUAACUCUACUCUCGGCAUGCUCGAGCCUCGCGGAAGCGAUGACGAGUCUGACGAUGAGGACGAAGACGAUGAUGAAGAGAUGUAUGACGAUGACUAUGGCGAUGAGCUUGAUUAUGGCGACGAGGACGUGUCUGAUGAUGGCGAAGAUGGCGUCAGUGACGAAGACGAAGAAUUGGGUGAGAUGGGGCACAUUGAGGGCCUUCAUGGUGAUCCUGGUGUCGUUGAGGUCAUCAUGGGAGAUGAAGAUGACGACAUGGACGAGGAUGACGACGAAAGCGAGGAUGAUGACAUGGAUUCCGACGACAUGGAGGAAAUGGACGAGCAUAUCGACGUUGUGGAAGAAAUCGUCGAUGAAGACGGCAAUCCUCUUGAGGAUGACGGCGCCUCAGACUGGGAGAGCGAAUCUGAGGAAGAAGACGACGAAGACGAAGAAGACAUUGACUACGAGGCGGAAGCCCAAGACCUCGAAGAGGCUCACAUGCACGGCAUGGAGUCUGGAGACAUUAUCGACAAUUUAGCUCGAGCAGUCAUGGAUCCCGAAGACUACGAGGGCGACGACAUGGAUGACCUUGGAGAUCACUACAUCGAUGAUGGUCGCGAUGAAGAGGAUGACGAAGAUGACGAUGAAGACAUGGAAGAAGACGAGCUCAUCUAUGACGAGGACUACCCCCAUGACCACCCGCCUCCAACCCUCCCAUCCGCCCUUGGUUGGGAUACCUUGGUCGUCGAGCCAUUCGGAGGCCAACCUCAACACGCUCAUCGCCACCGCCAUGGACACCGCAGCCCUUUUCCUCCCGGUUUCAUGGUUGGCGGUGGCCGCGAUCCUCUGGGCGACUUCCGAAGCUACUUUUCUCCUCGCCACAGACCGAAUGCGGUGCCUAGCAAUGCCGACGACGGUGUCAACCCUCUCCUGCGCCGAAACGGCCAGGGCCGUGAAGCAUCGCCCCGCCCUGCGUCAGGUUCUGGUAUGAUUGGCUUGCGUCUGCCUCCCGAAAUCUUUGGUCCGGGUGCACAGCAUUUGUCUAACAGCCCAAUUGCUAUUCUCAACGAUCUCGUCGCAUCUCUUCCAGUCAUGCGACAUGGUCAAUCUGCCGUCCACUUGUCAAUUACUCAAAAUGGACGCGGCGAAGUCCGGGAGUAUCAUGUUGCCCCUCGCGAAUCUCGGGCAGACAACCGUCGUGAGACGACGUAUCACGAACCUCAACAAGCCGUCGCCUUCACUCCCGAGUCAACAUUCGAGCGUUACCAAGAAGAAGCUCGAAUGGUCUUCGGAGGGGCUCACUUCAUCGAAAAAGCCCAGAAGCUCAUCAACAUUCUCCUAUCGAAGCUGGUCCCUCCCGCAAUGGAGUUCGAGAAGAAGCUCAAGGCCGAAGAAGAGGAGAGACGCAAGGUCCGAGAGGAGGAGCGCAAAAAGUUCGAGGAAGAAACUCGACGGAUCAAGGAAGCCAAGGAGGCCGAGGAGAAGGCCGCUCGCGAAAAGAAAGAGGCAGAGGAGCGUGAAGAACAUGAGCGUGCCGCUGCUGAAGCCGCCGCUGCCGCCGGGGAGCGGAACAUGGUAUCUGCUCAAGGAAAUCACCCAGACGUCACUGGCUCUCAGGCCAUGGAAGGGGUCGAGACACAGGAGUCUUCUGUGCCCUCGGCCGACAACGACGCGGCAGAUGACGCCAGUCGCGUCAUGACAACCAUCCGCGGCGAGGAAGUGGACGUCACGGAACUCGGCAUUGACCCUGAUUAUUUGGCGGCUCUACCGGAAGAGUUCAGAGAAGAAGUCAUCGCACAAACGGUCAGCACCAGGAGAUCACAGGCCCGGGAGGAAGCUGCCACCGGGGAACAAGGCGAAGUCUUCCAAGAGUUCCUCGACGCCCUGCCGGAGGACCUGCGACUAGAAAUCGUCCAGCAAGAACGUCAGGAUGCGCGCCGACGAGAGAGAGACGAGCAGCGCCGCCAGGCGACAACUGCUGGCCAAGACCAGAUCGCAGUGGACAUGGAUCCGGCUAGCAUCCUGUUGACAUUCCCUCCUGAAUUGCGACAACAAGUUCUCAUGGAUCAAGGCGAGGACAUUAUGGAUCAUCUGCCUCCUGAAAUGGCCGCUCAGGCCCGUCUGCUCGCCCAGCAACACAGCGCUCACCCUGCUGUCACGGGCAGAAGCCCUCCCGUUGUUGCCCGUCGACCAGGCGCUCCGCCUGCCGAAUCUGGAGAAAACAAUGAGAAUAAGGUACAGCGGCGGACGGUGGUGCAGAUGCUAGACAAGCCAGGAGUUGCCACUCUGUUGCGUCUCAUGUUCAUUUCUCAGAUCGGCUCGAUCCGCAACUACCUCUUCAGCGUUCUGGCCGACGUCUGUGAAAACCGUCAAAAUCGGCUAGAGGUCAUCAGUACCAUUCUUUUGAUUUUACAGGAAGGAAGCACAGAUAUGGACGCCGUGGAGCGUAGCUUCAGCCAACUAUCUGUGAAGGCUAAGAAGCCCAAGGACAAGGACGUGGACCCCAAGACCCCUCAGAACCUUAAGCGAACUCUGACGUCGCUGAGCACCACUGUGCAACAGCAGUCCAACUCGGAGAUAUCACCGCUCAUGGUCGUCCACCAGUGCUUGGAUCUGCUGCAAGAUCUAUCCACCAAGAAUCCUCAUAUUCCGAUGCUCUUCCUGACGGAACACGAGGCGGUCGGGUCGUCACUCAAGCGUACACUCAGCCGCAAGGGCAAGGCCAAGGACUCCAAGGCCCACAAGUAUGCAAUCAACUCGCUCCUCACUCUCCUCGACAGAGAUUUGGUAAUGGAGAGCUCAGUGGUCAUGGCUUACCUCGCCGAUUUGCUGAACAAGAUCACUGUGCCAUUGGCAACCAUGGAACGACGCCGUCGCGAAGCUCUAGACAAGGCUGCUCGGGAGGCAAAAAAGAAGACAGCGGAAAGUGCAGCGGAAGCUGAGGAAGCAUCAACUACAGCCGCUCAACCCGCGAGUAAUCCAGCUGCUGAGGAUACCACUGUCGAUACUGGCGCCAACGUCGAAGUCAAAGAGCCCAGAGGUGACAGUGCCGAAACACGCGGCCAGUCGGAGAAUUCCAAGGCCAACGACAAGUCGAGUACAAACCAAAAAACACCCCGCCAAAUGCAGGUUCCGAUCAUCCCGCCACACAAUCUUACCCUUGUGGUCAAGAUAUUCGUUGCUCGAGAAUGUAGCUCCAAGACGUUCCAAAACACCAUCUCAGCCAUCAAGAAUCUGUCUGCCAUUCCUGGCGCUAAGGCAACAUUCGGACAAGAAUUGGUUCGCCAAGCUCGUGUGUUGAGUGAGAAUAUUGUCGCCGACCUCGACGAGCUGCUUCCUCAUAUUGAGAAGGCUACAUCCGGAACUGAGAUUCAAGGUGUUGCGCUUGCCAAGUUUUCGCCUGGCGCUUCUGAGCAGAACAAGCUUCUCCGUGUUCUCACUGCACUCGACCACUUAUUCGACAACAAGAAGAAGAAUGACAAGGCGGAUGAAGAUGCCGAGACUAGCAUCAACGAAAAGCAGGAUCUAGUUACUUCACUGUACCACAAUUCGACUUUUUCUAUGAUGUGGGAGAAACUGAGCGCCUGUCUCAGCGCUAUUCGCGAGCGAGAGAACAUGGUCAAUGUGGCUACGAUCCUUCUGCCGCUGAUAGAAUCGCUCAUGGUUGUCUGCAAGAAUACCGCUAUGAACGAUGAUUCGCAAACUCAGAAUCAGACAAGCAAGGAGAUGCUGCUGUCAAGCCCGCCCCCAGAGAAUCGCAUGGCCGGCCUUUUCUUCACUUUCACCGAGGAGCAUCGCCGAAUCCUAAAUGAGCUGGUCCGCAACAGCCCCAAGCUCAUGUCCGGAACCUUUUCGCUUCUGGUCAAGAAUCCAAAGGUUCUCGAGUUCGACAACAAGCGCAACUACUUCAACCGCAGUGUUCACAGCCGUUCCAGCAACAAUCAGAGGCCGUCAUUCCCGGCAUUGCAGCUCUCGGUACGACGCGAACACGUUUUCCAUGACUCCUUCAAGUCGCUUUACUUCAAGACCGGCGACGAGAUGAAGUAUGGCAAGCUCAACAUUCGCUUCCACAACGAGGAGGGUGUCGACGCCGGAGGUGUAACCCGCGAAUGGUUCCAGGUCUUAUCCAGGCAAAUGUUCGAUGCCAACUACGCCCUUUUCAUUCCAGUCUCGUCCGACCGUACCACAUUCCACCCCAACAAGUUGAGUGGAAUCAAUGACGAGCAUCUCAUGUUCUUCAAGUUCAUUGGCCGCAUCAUCGGAAAGGCCCUGUAUGAGGGUCGAGUGCUCGACUGUUACUUCAGCCGCGCUGUAUACAAGCGCAUCCUUGGCAAGUCGGUCUCCGUCAAGGAUAUGGAAUCAUUUGACCCGGAUUACUACAAGUCACUGGUUUGGAUGCUCGACAAUGACAUUACGGAUAUCAUCACGGAGACGUUUUCGGUGGAGGACGAUGAGUUUGGUGUGACCCGGACCGUUGACCUUUGCACUGGCGGCCGCGAUAUUGCCGUCACCGAAGAGAACAAGCAUGAUUACGUGAGGUUGGUGGUGGAGCACAAGCUGCUGUCGUCGGUUAAGGAACAGAUGGAACACUUCUUGAAGGGAUUCCACGAUAUCAUUCCUGCGGAUCUCAUCUCCAUUUUCAACGAGCAGGAGUUGGAACUCCUCAUCUCGGGCUUGCCCGACAUUGAUGUCGACGACUGGAAGAGUAAUACCGAGUACCACAACUAUACUCCGUCGUCGCCUCAGAUUCAGUGGUUCUGGCGAGCGAUCCGUUCAUUUGACAAGGAAGAGCGGGCCAAGCUGUUGCAGUUCGUGACUGGAACCAGUAAGGUGCCUCUUAAUGGAUUCAAGGAGCUCGAGGGUAUGAAUGGUAUCAACCGCUUCAACAUCCACCGAGACUAUGGCAACAAGGAGCGCCUCCCCAGUUCCCACACUUGCUUCAAUCAACUUGAUCUCCCUGAAUACGAGAACUACGAAAUGCUUCGCCAACAACUCAUGAAGGCCAUCACAGCAGGAAGCGACUACUUCGGCUUUGCAUAG